AUGUCUACCGCACGAGCAUACUACGCCUUCGCAGAUUUCACCUCAAAGGAAAUCAACCGCCCCGACAUCGGUACGAAGUUGAAGGUAAAGCUCAUCCUUAACACCGAUGAAAAUGGGGCUAAGCCUCACGAGGAUCGUGGCCCUGCUGAUGGCGAAGGCGAACGAGCAGAACGCGUCGAACUCACGGAUGAAGACCACAACACAGACCCGCACACUUGGUUUGCUGAGGUCGUUGAGCCAACGGAAGUUACACCCCCAGACCAUAGUACACUAUACCUCGAGGGUCGCAGAGAUCCUGCCUUCUCCGGCCCCCGCGAGCAACGCCCUUUCGUCAAAACCCCCCUCCCUACAGCAAAUGGUCGCGCUGCCAACUCUAUCAAAGCCUUGUCCAAGUUUAUCAAGGCCUCCCCAAGCACAUAUAUCAAGCUCAUCAUGCAAUACGACACACAGGGGUACAAGGAUCAAGUUCGUUGCACAGAUCAGUUCUUCAGAAGCAAGCAAAACCCUCAAGCAGAGCGCAUUGCGGAAGCCAUUCUUUGCCACGACACCGAUAAUCCCCACCUUGAACGAGUCAACCUACUCGGGCUCAGUGGCAAGUCUAACCUCAAACCACCCAUGCAGUUCAACGAGGCUCAGAAAAUGGCAUACGAUUCCUUCGGAAGCACUAGCGAACUGACUCUUAUCCAUGGGCCCAUCGGUACAGGUAAAACGACUGUCUGCCUUUACCUUGCUAAGGACGUCAUGUCCAACCCGAGCGGAAAGAGCCAGAUCCUCUACACUGUCGAAUCGAACAAGGCGGUUGAUGAUGUGGCUCUCCGGCUCGAUAAACUCUGCAAAGGGCACGGUCUGGAGAAGAAAAUUCUCCGUGGACAUACUCUUAAAGGCGAGAAGAACUCCAUGUACAAGCUUUUCGCUGACCCUACUCGCGAUGAAGAGCGCUAUCAGAUUGAUAAUGCAUUUGUGGCUCAACUAUCAACUAUCGCCUACCUGGCAAAGCUUAGUAGGAACCACAAGGGAAAGCGCGCACAAAGUGACCCACGCCACGUACUCGCUGACAUGUCUAUCGCGGAAGCUAUGCACGAUGAAAUUCAAUCCGACCCAGAGUUGAAUCCACUCCGCAUCAAACUCGAAGAGUACGCACAAGCUGGCUAUCACUAUGCGACGCCUAAUCUACGCACUCUGAUUAACCUGGAACUUGAUGGCCUUAUGACAAGGGUUAUCAGCUGUGCAGACGCAAUCGUAUGUACGCUAGCUGCUGCUGCGAAGGUCAAUUUGGCGCAGAACCUCGCCCCCUCCCAUCGUCUUUCUUGA